UUGAACUCACAGAGAUCCGCCUGGCUCUGCCUCCCGAGUGCUGGGAUUAAAAGCGAGCACCACCAAUGCCCAGUUCCUGGCAUGUAACUGAACUACUCUCAGAGAUACUAGUAAUUGUCCUUGACAAAUCUUUAUUCAGGCUCUUUUUUCAUCCUUAGAAUGUGUCAUCCUCCUCCCCAACUAAAAUGCCACCAUCUUCACCUGUUGAACAUCAUCUCCAUCUCACCUGCUGCCAGCAUGAGUAUACCCUAUGUGAGGGCAGUCCCAUGGAAGUCCUUAUCUGGGCCCCAGUUGAUAGGAACCUCUCCUGAGGCAGGAACAGCCUCCAAACUGUUCAGUGCAGCCUGUCAUUAGACGUCAGACUCCCAAGGCUGGAACAACGCAGUGGGUGAUUUUGAAAGUCUCACUUUGCUCCCCUGUACCUGGCUCAGAAUUCCUGGGUCAGGAUUCUUGCACGUGUUGUUUCCUCUGCCCAAAUACUGCCUCCUCAUCAUCCACAACUCAGUUCAAAUCUCAGCACUUCAGAGAUAACUCUCUUAAAAAAAUUAUGUGUGUUGAGGUUGGGGGAGGCAAUUGUACGGCAGUGAGAAGACAGUCUGUGGAGUAGGUUCUCUCCUUCCUUCUUUCUGUGGGUUCCAGGGAUCCAAUGCAGUCACCAGGCUCACAUGGCAAGUGCCUUUAACCCGCUGAGCCAUAUCCCCCUCACCCCUUUAGAGUCUAUAUUUACUCUACUUCACCCUGUUAUCUCACGCUACCUUUUACAGAAGUUAUCAUUAUCUAACGCUUUAGGUCUGUGGUGGUUUGAGGGAGAAAUGUCUCCCAUAGACUCAGGUAUUUGAACACUUACUUGGUUCCCUGUUGGGGGAGGCUGUGAACCUUUAGGAGGUGGAGCCUUGCUGGUAGACAUAUGUCACAGGGGCAGGCUUUGAGAGUUCGUAGGCUUGCCUCACUUCCGGUUAUUGCUUUCUGUUCCUGCAUAUGGAUAAGGAUGUGAUCUCUCAGCUUCUUGCCCCAUCCACCUGCUACCAUGCCUCCCCUGUCAUUACAGACCCUCUUUCUGGAACUGUAAGACAAAAAGAUUCUUGUUCUAAAAAUUGCCUCAGUCAUGGAUUUUUUAAUUUUUUUUUGUCAUAGCAACAGAAAAGUAACUAAUGCAAGCACCGUAUUUUCAUAAAUCCAUGGAGUUUACAUUUUAGUAGAAAAAGAUAAGUGACAGUGCUUGUAUGUAGAAAGAACAAAGGGAGAUGAGGUGCACAAAUAGGGAGAUUGCCCAAGCAAGAGAUCUGUGUGAGACGAGGGGCUGAUUUAUCUGGAGACUUGCAGGAACUGACUAGCUCAGGGGAACAGCAAAUGCAAACGUGAUUUUACUGUUGUGAAACAGUGAGAGGUUGUCCCAGUGGGUCAGGGGACAGAGGUAGAGAUGGCACUGAGUUGGGUGGUUAAACUGAUCAGGGCUUUGGAGACUGUGGUUAAGAACUGGCUUUUAAGCUGAGUGAGAUGGAAUGUUGCCAUAGGCUUUGAGCAGAGGAGUACAUGACCUACUCUUCAAAGGAUCGUCCCGACUGCUGGAAUUUGCUCCAAAAUGUGGAGCAAAAAUGGAAACUUCCAAGGAUGUGGAUAAGUCCACCCAGGAGGGAAUGGAGAUAGAAUGCUAAAGACUAAGCCCUGAAGCAUGCUAACAGUUAGAGACCAGGAGAAAGGAAAACACCAACAAAGGAGGAGCAAAAACUGGGCAAUAAGGCGGAGCCAAGGAAAAAGGCAUUCUGGGAAGAACUCUGUAAAAUAGUGCCUGCUCUGGUUUGAAUCUGAAAUGUCCUCAACCAGCUCAUGUUUUGGGGACACUUGGCCCCCAGCUGGUGGCACUAUUUUGGGAGGCUGUGGAAACUGUGAAGAGGUUGGGCAGAAGAAGAUCACAAGGGGCAGGACUUUGAAGGUUAUGGCUCAGAGCUUGCCUCUGGCUCUGCACUCAGCUUCCUGUUUGCUGAAGUAUGAGCAGUGGUCUUCUGCCACAUAUUCCUCUGAGGCUAUGGUGUCCUGCCCACCCACAUGGGACCAAGCAACUAUGGCCUGAACCCUCUGAACCAGGAGCUAAAUGAAACCUUUCCUCUUUACACUGUUUCUGUCUGGUAUUUAGGUCAUAAAAACAAAAGUAACCAAAUGUGUCUCAAGGCACAAUGGGGGACUAUAAAAGGAGUAAAACUAAAAGGACUACUCCACAAACAUGGCCCCUGGAAUGCCCAGUGGACAGAACCUGGUGACCUUUCCUUUAGAGAACAAUGAGGCCUGGGCCUUCUGAGGACUCCUAUUGGUGGAGAGAUGUGAAUUUCCUCUCCCCAGAGCGACAGGCUGGGUGCCAAGGCUGACUGACCUCUAUGGAUUCUCAGAAGGAGGACCUGAGCCUUCCUGGCAUGUGGAUCUCCUUGUGCAUUGGAUUCCUGGGGCUGUGUUCCUCGCUAAUAGGCAGCUGCAUUCUCUUUCUGCACUGGAAGAAGAACUUGCAGAGAGAAGAACAUGCCCAGCAGUGGGUGGAAGUGAUGAGAGCUGCCAUGUUCGCCUACAGCCCACUGUUGUACUGGAUAAACAAGCGCUGUCACCAUGGCAUGAACGCAGCCAUCAACACUGGCCCUCCCCCUGCUGUCACCAAGACGGGGACCCAAGUUCAGAAUCCAGAUUCUUUGUGGGAGCUGAAUCUCUCUGAAGGCGGAAACUAUGUUGUGCGAGACAGCAGUCCCAGGGGAGAAGCCUCCAGUCCCUCGAAACAUGUUCUGGUGGUCCCCAAACAGCCCCGGUCUUCAACAAUGCCACAGCCUUGGACUGACUCCUCACCCCCAAUUCCCAUUUUUCAGGAGGUGCCCUUUGCCUUGUCCCUCUGCAACCUACCUCCCAUGCUGAACCACUCUGUCUCCUACCCUUUGGCCAACUGCCCUGAAAAGAAUGUUCAUUUCUCUUCCCUCCCCAAACUGGCCCACGGAACAAACUGCUUUAAUGCCAAGCCCUUUGCUUCUGAACUGUAGUCUCCUCUCAUUGAGGGAGGGAGCUGCAGGUACCAAGGCUCCUUUUGGUGGAAAACAGAGAUACCCUCAAGGAGUUGGUUAUUGACAAGGCUAGAGCUAUCUGGACAUUACAUCAUGAAAGAUUAAAAAAAAGGGUCUAAGUCUC